AUGCCACGGCGUGCGCUGGGCACUGUCCUGUCUAAUGACACCGGCAUUUAUGAGCCGCUGCAGCGUGGGGAUAAGGAACGCUGCACUCUUCCCAGAUCCUGUCUCGGCCGUGGCAAGCAGGUCCUUGCCCUCCAAAGCCACCGGUAUGACCUUGCUCUGGAUGAUGCUGGGAGCCUCGUAGCCCAUGUCGAACACGGCCUGCAUAUGAUGCGCGCCGAUAGGGUCGGUCGUACCUUGAUCAGUGAACGUGCGAUGCCGAAGUCGGACCAAUUAGAUGUUGACGUUAGAUGUUUGCGCAUGGCGGGUUCGGGCUUGCUCUCUGCGACCUUCGCAGAAGUCGUGCCAUCGUCCCCAAUAGGCUCGUCUACCGAAGACUCAUUCACCGCGUCUUUCCCAGUUGUAUCCUUUCCAGCAGCCGCCUUAUCACCUGGCGUCGCUCCUCCGGCGGCCUGGUCACUGGCUACCUCUACGGCAGCAGCACCGGUACUGCGGCCGCUAGGCGCCGAAACGUGGCCAUCACGUCCAGCGCUGGUAUCCUCAUCGCCCAGGAAGUCGAAGAAUCCGUCCUAA